UUAGAUGUUCGAUGUGCUGAUACUGUGAUGUAGAAGUCAACCUGCGCAUUCAGUCAGCAGCAUCCUGUUUCUGUGUGCCACGAUGCCGACUAGACUGCUUCUUUUCCUCUGUCUGAUUGGACAUGUUUUUGCCAAAGAACCGCCAGAUGUGGACUGUUUGGUGGUGCAUUUCGAAUAUGUUGCCUGUUCCUGGAAUAAGCAGGGCCCUCCAGAGGUCAACUACACCUUCAGCAGCGGGUUCAAUGAGAAGGAACUCAAAAACUGCACCACCUAUGUGUCACAGAACAACACCAUCACUGGAUGUAACCAGACGUAUGAAGGGCUGAAAUCCAAAAAGUUUAUUACAUUUUUUACCAGACUGGCACAUGGCAACAAGCCUUUCCAAAUGCAUCACUUCCUAAAAGACAAAGUCUUGUUAUUUCCACCCACAAACCUCACUGUCCAGAAUGGAUCUGACUUCAACCUGUGGUUUUACUGGAACCAGACAUCUACAAACUGUGUGGAUAGUGAGGUUCGCUACAGAAACAACAACAACAAGUGGGCGGUGUCUGCAGUCAGUACUGGGAGACAGAAAUACUGCAUCAACCUGCCGUCCAGCAUCUCCCGCUAUGAGCUGCAAGUGCGAAGCAGAAUAGCGUCAAUCUGUGGAGAGUCCUCAUUCUGGAGUGACUGGAGUGAGCCUGCAGUCUGGGGAUCCAACAACAGCACGGUCACAAACCAAAUAAAUCCUCCACUGCCUGUGUGGAUGCCACUGCUAUACACAGUAGGGGCUUUUAUCUUCAUCCUAGUGGUCGUCCUGAUGCUGCACCAUGAAAGGGUCCGAUUCAUCUCAAUCUCUGUGGUUCCCAAGCCAUCCCUGGCCCUUUAUGACAUCGAGGAUUGGCUUCAAUUCUCCAAAGGCCUGAAAGGGAAUUUCAAGACAAACUACAACGAGCAUGCCUGUCCUGUUCGUGAGUACUGCCAUGUCUCCCAGUCCGACAACGAGAGCUCUGAUAGCUCCGAUAGCUCCACCUUCUCCGUCACCACCGACCAAACCGACUGCUCUGUCUCCACCCCCCUGAGCAACUCAGAGGAUGGGUCUUCUUCCUGCUCGUCCUCCAGCUCAGUUUUUGUCCCACCUCAGGAGGAGCAGCAGCAGGAUUCUGUUUAGGAGGCUUUUCUGUCAGGAUUGGUCUGUCCAUAGACCGUAUGUAAAAUAAUGGACAGAGUCUUUCCUCAGCGAAGUCAAUCAGGAACUAAAAAUAUAUUGAAUAGCCAAAAGGAGGUGGCUACGCUGCUUGCAGAAGGGUUUCAGUUUUAUUGGAAAAUAAAUCCAUUUCCCACUUGAUUUGCAACAACAGUAAACAUUUGCCUGAGGAGUUUUCCUCACUAGUUUUAGGACUUGAGUAGCACAUUGUGCCAAUUUUGUAAAAUAUGUUCCCAAUUAGAGGAAAAUGGACAAUAAAUCAUGUGAUGACUGUGAACUUCGGUUUUCAAACAUGGCAAAGCUGUGAUCCAUAAAGUUAACAUUUUAACAACAACGCAAGGAUGAAAUUCAACACUUUUGUCUUGAUCCUGCCUUCUGUAGCUUUACAAGCAAUCAUGGACAUAUUGGUGUAUUUUUGCUAAUGAUAUAUGCAUACGCUUAUUUUUAUAUAUUUUACCAUAUCAGAGAUUAACUCAAAAUGUACAGUAGUGUAUCCAAAUAAAGACUUGGUUUCUGUACUGCACCGGAAAUAUGAUUUGACCUUUACAGAAAAUUGAAGACUGACUUUUAAAAUGAUUUGAUCUCACAUGGUGUUACUUAUUUGGUAAUGUGUACAACGUGUACUCAUUCUUCAUGAUAUUAAACUGAGUGGUUUUUGAGUUUUAAUGCAGAGUUGGAUAACAUCCAGAUAUGUUGGACUUACUUUGGGUACAGUUACAGCAUAUAACGGCAGACAUUGUGGCUUACUGAAUGAUAAAUUAGUAGCUAAAUUGUUACCAUAUAUAGUAAAGAUAAGAGGUCUUCUGACCGCUCAAUAAUGCCUUAUUAUGCAACAUGUUUGUCAUAUUCACAUGUUGAAUUCACCUCAGUUACAUCCCAACUACAUUGUUUAUAGUGCAUAUUGUCACAGCCUGUUAAAAUAUUUUAAUGUCCUUUUUUAUAUAUAAAUUGUUUUGAUUAUUUUAUUGUACAUGUAAACCUACUCUUUAAAUAUUUACUUCAUGUAUUGUCAUCUGUAUUUUUAUGUCACAAUAAAUAUCUGGAAAAACAA